AUGGCCACUCAACCGCCCCAGCCAAGCACCGCCGUGGCCAAGGGGCAGGGUCAGGCCGAGAGACUCGAAGACGACCUGAACAAAGUCUUAACUGCAGCCCAGCGGCGAGAACUCAUUGAUCUGGUCAACGCCACAAUGGAUGUGAUGCAGGAAACCUUGUGUCAUCCUUCGGAAUGUCUGAUCAGCACAACUCCUGGACCUCCCCUUCAUUCUAACUCCCAGCAGCAGGCUCCCUCAUCCCCGCAAAAGCGGCCGUCGCGGCAGGCAUCGCGUGUGAACUCGUCGGCUAAUAUGACGCAAGUAAAAAUAGAGCUAGAAGCCUUUGACUAUUUCAAAGCCUGGAAGCGGUCUGUUCUCGUUCGUCUACGAGAGGUGAUAGAAGUGAGCGGAGCUCCAGGACUACAACGCCGAAACGCUCAGGCAGACAGUUCGUCGUUGGAUGUUAAUGGCAGCCUCGCCAUUUCCACAAAUCCAGACGCACUUCCCGUGACCUUGAAUCAAUUGCCAAUGGAAACAAGACUACUUGUAACCAACUCCUUGCUCCUGUUGUUAUUGAGUUUAAAGUCCUACAGUGCUCAUUCUCGCGUUCUCCUGCUUAAAAUAUCCGGUCAUUUGGGCAUUUCGCCGGAAAACGUAGCUGAAAACGAGAUAAAAGUUGCUCAGGGACUCCUUCAAGCUGCCAAAGAGAUGUCAGCAAGAGAAGAGGCAAAAUCGAGGGCUGAUCAAUCCAAGGCUUCACGGCGCUGGAAAAUCGGCCUAGCCUCUGUGGCAGGAGCAGUUCUCGUUGGUGUUACAGGCGGCCUCGCAGCUCCCCUCGUCGCCGGAGGGCUUGGGAUGAUUAUGGGAACAUUAGGUCUUGGGGGAACAGUAGUAGCCGGCUACCUCGGUGCUGUUGCAGGAAGUGGUGUUAUCAUCGGCAGUAUCUUUGGAGCCUUUGGGGCCAAAAUGACUGGUAGAAUGAUGGAACAGUACGCGAGAGAAGUGAAGGAUUUUGCGUUUUUACCGUUACGAGCCCGUCAAGUGACGUCCAGAGACGAAGCCAUUCCCGAGUCAGCCGAUAACCGUCUCCGCGUCACCAUUGGAAUCAGUGGCUGGCUUACAGAAGCUUACGACCUCAUUAGCCCUUGGAGAGUGCUCGGCGACGAUUCGGACGUCUUCGCAUUGCGAUGGGAGCUCGAAGCACUCCUAAUGUUAGGAAACGCAACAGAAACUUUAGUGAGAAGAUUUGCUUUCACGAUCGUGGCUAGACAACUCUUAGGGAAAACCCUCCUAGCGCCGUUUUCCGGUCCGUUGAUGAUUCCCAUCAUCGCUGGAAAGCUCUCUCACUUAAUCGAUAACCCAUUUUGUGUUGCCAAAACACGAGCUGUGAAAGCCGGUGAAAUCCUUGCGGAUGCCCUAAUCAACAAAGCUCAGGGCCAGCGGCCAGUUACACUCAUCGGUUAUUCAAUGGGUGCUCGGGUGAUAUACACUUGUCUUUUGAGCCUAGCUAAAAGGCGCGCCUUUGGCCUUAUAGAAUCCGCGAUUUUGAUAGGAAGUCCCGCUCCUGCUGAAGCUGGGCAAUGGAGAUUGAUCAGAACGGUCGUCAGUGGACGUUUACUCAACGUCUACUCUGAAAAGGACUUUAUGCUCAAGUUUCUUUACCGUGCUCAAAGUAUGCAAAUGAACGUUGCAGGAAUCCAACCUAUUGAGGGUGUCCCGGGAGUAGAAAACUUCGACGCAAGCGAGAUUGUUAGUGGACAUCUACGUUACUCUUUGCUCGUAGGGAUCAUCCUCAAAAAAAUUGGGUUCGAUCACUUGAACCAGGACGAGCUACGAGUGCAAGCCGACAGAUUUUACGCCCUUGCAGAAGCUGACGCCCGACGAUUCGAGCAAGGAGAGUCACAAGGACAGUUAGAACAGGAGCAACUACAACCGCAUCAGCAGAAUAUCAUUGAUUCCGAUGGGCAAGACCAAAUUGAACGGGGUACCGUUGAAGAAACGAUUUCGGACAAGGAUAUCCAGGACCUAGAGGAAGAGAUUGCAAGAAGGACAGAGGAGAGUCUAGCCGAAAUUCAUCACACCAUACAGCUUGAAGAUCGUGAAGCCUAG